CGCGGAGGUGUUGGUCGUCGACGAGCCAGUUCUCUUGUAGUCAUCGUUCUCUAUGAGUCCUUUGUCCUUGGCUUGUGGACUCGCACAGGAGUCCUGGCCGAGCCACGUGUACCUUUUCUCGUCGUUGGUGGUGAUUGGUCUAGGCUACUGUGUAUGAUAUCUCACGUGCGGAUUGAAGUUGACUGAUCGCUCCAUCGUCUCUUGGAGAGCGCGUUGACUCGAGUUUCAGCAGUUUGCGACCUGUCGUCCGUCGUUGUUUUGGCAGCGUUGACUCCAGUUGACGCGAGUUCAUCAGUGUGCGAAUAGUGUGAGCGUUGGUCAGUGGCUGUCUGAGCCUGUCUGCUGGACAAGGUUAGCGUUGGCGAGCCAUAAAUUGACACCUUGUGAGUGGUCAAGGGCGAGGUUGCUCAGGGCAAUGGCUGGUCAGGCUGUGUUGGCACCGCGCGGAUUGACACAGAGGUGGAAUAUCUGCAGAUCCGGAACGGGUAUGAACGGUAGUUUGAAGAAGAGAGGAGUGCCCAUGGCGGCCGUCUAUGCUUUUCGCCGUUGGGCCAGGGGUGGAGUCAAUGCUGACACGUGGAGCAUCCGUUCGACGUCCACGUCAUCGAUCGGUUUUGGAAGGCGGGAAAUGCAGCCUUGGAGGAGGCGGUUCUCUCUCGUGCCCUUCCUUGCUCGCCUGUUGGGUUGGAGGGAGUUCAAUGGGGUUCCUGCGCUUGAAGGUAGCCGCCGGCUUCUUCUGGCGGGCAAGAAUUUACCGGGGCAGGAAGCGAAGGACGCUCAUGAAUUGGACUCUGUGACGUCGAUGUUGUCUGCAGAUGAGUCUGUAGAUCAACUGUUGACUUUGACUUCGUUGGUGGGAGGCGGAGCUGUCCGUGACCUUGCUACGGCCAGGUCUUCAGCGCUCGCAUGGCGUGGAGGUGCUGGUUGGGACCGUGGAGCUGGCUCGUGUCGGGAGCUGGGUAUUGUGCCACCUGCCCUUUUGAUUGGGAUCGGUACCCGAUUCUCGGGAUCAUCGACGGGUUCUUCGAGAAUGAUCACUGCGUCUGCGUCUCGGAGAGAGGGUGUUGACCCGGAAGAGACGAGGAGGGAGAGGAGGGACGAUAGGAGGGGUGCAUCGGACGAAGGGUUGACGGAUAAAGUGCGAGAGACCGUGUCGGACGUGAAGGAAAGCCUGAAGGAGAAGGUGGAAGAACUGAAGGAGAAGGUACAAGAAAUGAAGGAAGGGGGAAAUAGUGAAAGGGGAGAAACGAGGGAGGGAGGCAGUUCAGGCGGGAGGUCAUCGGCUCGGGAUCCCUUUGCAUCUGCGACGAAGGGAGGGAGCACGCAGUCCACCGGUGGUAGAACUACUGAGGGGUCAGCUGGGAAGGUAGUGGAGGGAUGGGAGAGGUGGGCAUCCCAAGCCGCCGAAGGAACGACAAGAGGUGAAGCUGGGAACGCACGUAGAACGUCGACGAGCGGCAGGGACAACGAAGGAUCAUCUAGGAGAGACACCGAGGAUAUGGCGGAAUCGCUGAAGGAGAAGAAAGAUGAACUAAAGAGGAGAGUCGAAGAGGCGGAGGACGAGCUUCGUGAUGUCCUGGAUAGCAGAGGUGUGGGAGCGAAAGUGGGUGAUAAGGCGAGGGAGAUGAAGGAGAUCGUGCAGGAAAAGAUAGAGGAUUUGAGCGAAAAGGCAAGGGAGAAGAAGGAAGAGGUGUCGAGUCGGCUGAGGGAGGGGAAGAAUGAAGAGGAGAGCGGAAGGCAGGGAAGAAGCGGAAGAGGGGAGGACGACAGCUACAGCUACGCGACAACACGUGCUAGGAGCGACGAGAGGGGGUAUGACGAAGGAAGGAGGACGUCGACGAGCGGCGCGGGCGUCGUAGAGGGAAUGAAGGACAAAUUGGUGGACGUGGUGCAUGGGGUGAAGGAGAGAGUGAGUGAGUUGGGGGAGAUGGUGAGAGAGAAGUUGGGCGGCCGACCUUCGACAACCUCGAGGGUAGGCGUGGUGGAGAAGAGAGGAGAGGGAGUGGGUGAAAGUGCACGUCGUGAGACUGGCCAGGACGUAAGGAGUGCCGCCGGGAGAGCGCGCGAUGAUGCGGAGUACGAGGCUGGCAGAGCGACAAGAAAAGCAGGAGAUAAGGUGGAGGAUGUGAAGGAGAAGGCGGAGGACGUGAAGGAUCGUACAAAGGAAAGGGCCGAGGAUGCCAAGGAAGGACUGCAGGAGAAAUGGGAGGACGCAAAGGAGAGAGUAUCUGAAAAAACGGAGGAUGCGAAGGACAGAGCCGUUGACGUCAAAGACGAAGCGAAGGAGAGGGCGGAGGCGGCGAAGGAACGAAUGGCUGCGAGAAUGGAGGACUCGAAGCAGAGAGCCUCCAGUGUGACAGAGCAGGUUAAGGACAAAGCGGAGGCAAUCAAGGAUCGAAUCGGCGAGACUCUGCAUGAUACGCGGGAGAAGGUAAGUGAGAAAAUGGAGGACCUGAAGGAGAAGAAGGACGAGAUGACGGAACGGGCUACGGAGACGUACUUGGCGUCGAAGCGGAAGCUUAGGGAUGCGGCAGAUAAGGCCAGCGACCUCAAAGAGGGUGUGAAGGACAAGGUGGAGGCCGCGAAGGAGAAGGCUGUUGAAGUGAAGGACAGAGUUGCCGAGAAGAUGGAGGAUGCCAAGGAAAGCCUCAUGGACGCGAAGGAGAGAGUGCAGGACAAGGCGAGUGAGCUGAAGGAGAGGGUGGCAGGUAAGGCAGAAGACGCCCAGGAGAAGGUAGGAGAGAUGAAGGAUAAAGCCGCUGAUAAAGUGGCUGAUGUGAAGGAGAAGGCAGCGGAGAAGGCGGAGGAUGUGCGGGAAAGAGCGCGCGAAGCGAAGGAUACUGCAGCGGACGGAGUGUACGACGUGAAGGAAAAGACGGAGGAUAAGGCCAGGGAUGUCAGAGACAAGGCGGAGGAUAAGGCCAGGGAGGGCAAGGCGAGAGCUGGCGAGACGAAAGAGAGGAUGUCUGAGAGAGCGAGUGAAGUGGGAGCAGCAGGUUAUAGAGCAGGCGAAGGUACCAGCACGGGACGUGGGACGGACGACGAAGGAUCGUACGAGGCUAAACGGAGGGCCGCGGAGAGGGCAGCAGAACUCAUGGACAGAGCAAUCGAGGAAACCGAAGCAAUGAGGGAGCAGGCUGCGAAUCUGAGGGAGCAGAUUGAGAUGGAGGAAGGGGAGGAGAAAUCGGGAUCGCGCUCACGGAGAGGAGCUAGCGGUUCUUCGUCUGCAGCAAACAAAGGAUCCACGACAGAGAGAUCGUCGAGGAAGGGAAACAAGGGGACUGGGGAGAGCAAACUGUGAAUAACUGUGAAUGUUCCCAUAGUGCGACAGUCUGCGGGGCCGUGCCGGCAGAUGAAUGUAUGCUCAGGACUUGAGUAGGAAUCUCUCCUUGUCUCUGGACGAAUUCGAGGGUACUACUAGAGUUCAAGAGAGAGUUCAAGAGAGAGAGAGAGAGGUGAAAAUGCACACUGAGUUGAAUACGUCUCUCUGAAUUUGUAAAAGCGGUCUGACUACUUGGAUAUGACCGGGAGAGCAUCGUGAGUGGAAUCCACCAUUAUGAAUGGCUGUAAGAUUCUCCCUCGUCUCUGGGAGAGUCCUAGAGAAGGCCAUGAGAGAGUGGAGAAAGAGAGAGAGAGAGAGAGGGGAAAAAAGGUAGGUGAAAACAUACACCGUGAAUUGAAAGAGAGAAGGGAAAAAAGACAAGUGAAAAUAUAUACAAGUGAAUUGAAAAACUGGCUUCUCUCUGAAUUUUUAGAAGCGUUCUUACUACUACUAGUUGGGUAUGACUGAGAGAGGAGAGCAUAGUGAGUGGAUGAUUCCACCGUUAUGAGUAAUUGGAACACUGUACCUGUGAGUCUGUGACUGCGAGAGAAUUGCAGAGCGCGAGAUUGAAGUCGCUAUGAAAGAGUCGAGAGCUCUACGCAUGGGCACACAAAAAUUUUAGUUCUACGUCCACACACACAGAGACCGUAAGACGUGCCUGUACGGCCAUACAAACGUCCACACACACAGACCGUAAGACAUGCCAUACGGCCAUACAAUCCUCUUGAAGAGUUAUUGAAUGGGCGUGGACGUCGGUGAGACAUUCGUAGUGUACGAUAGUAUCAUAACUCCUGAGACAGCUGUGAGGUAAGAGUAUAUUUAGAGUAUAUUCCUGAUAUUGAAAAGUAGCUUUUGAUCGCAUUUGCUUGGGUCCUGGGAAGCAUGUGUUCAUCCGCGGGGUUGAACCUGAUACGUACGAUUUAGGGUGUGUGUGGCACUGUGCUGCCAGUUAAGAUUAGUCUGCGGUUCAAACCUGAAACCCUUUUGUGCACCAAGUCUUGCGAGUGUCCUGAGAUCGUACUCGAGGGUGCGGAUUUCAGUACGUGCAUACACUGUCACCGUGUCACGUGGUAUGGUAAUUUUUGAAGGAAUAACUGCCAGGGGUCUUUGAGACGUACGUACCUAAUGAAAACGGGCCCUGUCCAACCGAAGAAUCAUAUGACAUUGUGUGACUGAUAUUACCUUUUACAGGUUGAUAUUGUGUGGGUUCUUAGCGAAAUGUAUCCCUCCUCCCUUGUAUCUCUCCUCCCCCUUGAUAUCUCACUGUGCCCACCGUGCCGCAUAAUAAUUGCGAAGGAUCGAUAGUUUGGAUGUGAUUUUCGAGUGCGGUUUUGUACUGCGUUGUAACUUGUCACUGCCGCCUUGAAUGGCGCCUUCAGGCGAUAAGGCUGCGGGUGGUGUGAUAUCGAUGAACUGUCAUGGUACUGUUUGGGUAUGUGCAGACUGGAGUGAUGUAGUGCGUUGUUGUCACUGCCGCCCUCAGGCUGCUGGUAGUGUAAUAUCGAUCCAGUGAUCCACUGUCCAUUGUCAUGGGACUGAUGUCUUCUGGUGGAGUUGAUUACGGCGUCAUGACGCGACGCUGGUAGUGUGUAGUCAUUGACCAGGUGUGUAGUACGUAACAGUGGAUGGUUCGUGGUUGCCGUGGUUUGUUUCGGUGUUUUGCGUUUUGGGCGGCCACUUGACCCUGGGAGGGUCGCUUCUGCUUGCUUCUCUUAGGGUAGACCGUAGAGGACCGUAGAGGCUCAAACCUUGAUUUGCGACUUUGUCAGAGAGGGGGAAAGUUUGGCGCUGAAGUGUUCUGGACCACUGAUAACAUCGUGGCUCGAAAGUUGAUGCGAGUGACUUGAGAUUGUUCAUUGCACGAGAAGGGAGUUCGGAGUUCCUGCUUGCAGGAGGGGUUUGAGGAGUCCGGAAGCUGAGAAUACUGUCCACAACUGUAUUGCAAUAAAAGAC